GAUGAAAGAAUAAUAGUCGUGUUGUUGAAACAUUCAGCCUUGUUGAUGUUCAUCAGUCUCCCAAUCAUAGAACUCCAGGGAGUUUCAAAUUUAGAAUCUUGAGUAUAUGCCCAGCCCAGAGAUAGAUCUGCUUAGACUGAUCUGAUAACCACCACUCUUUCGAAAGGCGUCAGGGAAACGGAUUGAGUGUUGGAAUUCAUUAGACAAUGGGCACCGGUGAUUUUGAAAAAUGCGGAACCCUCACAUUGCCGUUGAUUAAUGAUACGUAGUAGCACGUCGUGGGGGGAAAGUACAAUUAGUCCAAGAGUUUUAGGGCUCGACGAGAGAAGAGUGUUCUGGGGUAAAGAAGCAACGCAUAUUUAUGAGACGGUCGGGUCUCGCUCUCUACCCUUCCUUCUCAUGUCUUACAACGGUAGGUUGCCGUCUGGGGACCUAAUGAAUAUGUGCGAGAGCUUCGGUCCUCCUCGCUGUGUGUGUGUGCGUUUUGUGUCGGUCGAAGGCGCGCGCGGGCGUGCGUCUCCUACUCUCUCUCUCUCCCAUUUAGGAGCCACCCAGCUGACUGGCUUUCCACAACAGUCGCUCGCUGCCGAUCAGCCGGCCCGGUGGUGUAGGGUCUCAGUUGCUCCGCUUUUCCCCCUUUUUUUUUACUGUGGCACUUGGAAAUGUGACAUUUUUCCCUUCGUUGUUGAUGUGGUCAUUCAAUCGAAACUCGCUUCCCUCUCAUCACCUCACGGCCUUGCUGUCUCACCCGCCUCAAUCAAAACGACUUCCAUCUCCGUUUCCGUCCAGUCAGCACAUCUACGACUGCCCGUAUCCGCUGGAAGCCAUCAACAUGCAAUCGGAUUAUCAGAUGAAUAAAGAUCACCAGUUUGAUCGCUCGCUCAACAGCCAUCCCGAGUAUGAAGCAGUUUACUUGGCCGGCCUACCUCCCCCACCGCCGCCGCCGCCACCACCACCGACUGACAAACCGUGGCAGUGGCAAAACAGUCCCAUUUACGGUGCCAAUGGCUCGCUGCAAUAUUACCCAGGAUACGCGUCGUACGUGCAUCCGGUCGUCGAUUCGUGGAUGACUUACCGUCCACUUCCGCCGACCGUUACUCCGCCGCCGUACAAGUCUUACAGUAUGGAGCGGCUCAAUCAUCCGUCCGUUGUUUACUCGUUCCGAUCGCCAGCCCCGUCUCCCGUUCACACUCCGUCUAGCUCUCCGGUGCUGAGCCGGGCCAGAGGAUCUUCCCCUGGCUCAGCCAUGGGCCGUCCGGGACAGCCUAAUCAGCGACGGGUGGCCGCCGCCCCGCCUAUCCCCCCACCAAAGAAUGGCGCUGCCUCCAAACCGCCGCGGCCACUUCGAAAUCGACCGACUUUGGUGAAAGCCAAAACGAUCGACUUUGCCGACGGAUGUAAUGAUGCGGAUCCGUUUCAGCCUCAGAAACCCUUGGAAGUUGGCAACAAAAUUCCUAGUUUGGACUCGCUUUAUGAACAGCUGAAGGCCUUUGCGGCCGCAACACCUCCCCCGUCAGCACCUCUGGCUCCGGCGUCACCGUGCCCUACCACCAGGUCGUCACGGACGAUUGAUAAUCAAAUGGCGGCCGAUUUGGCCGCCGCCGCUCUGGAGAUGGUGGCCAAUAGUCCGCUAGUUCGUUCGCGUUCGGCCACCUUUAGCGGCGCUCCCAGUUCAUUCGCUUUCAACUCACGACCCAAGCCGGAGAUGGACGAGCGCCUCCAACGACUGGAAGGCGAUAAAGAUUCUCUGCAGAUGCAAGUCUCGAUCCUGAUGGACCAGAUAGAAGCCCAGACUGACAAAAUUGCGGAUUUGGAGAGGACUCUUUCUGACAGGGCCUUCCAAUUGCAGAAAGCAGAAGAUAACCUUCAAAAGGAAAUGUUGUCGCGUUCGGCUGCCGAAACCCGCCAACUGGAGUUGCUCAGCGACAUUUCCGGCCUGAAGUUGAGGUAUGCCGCCGUGGAGAAGGACAAUAUGGACUUGCGGGGACAGUUAAAGCGGAGUGAACAAGACAUGAUCACUUUGGUCAGCCAGUGUUACACUCUCUGUGGGGCCACACUGGGACCUGGAUUUAAUAAAAAGGACAUGUUGGAAAAUUUGCAAUCAAUGAAUUUGAGGAGUAACGCCACCUCUCCAGCUUCCGUUGUGGGCACUCCGCCUCGCCAUCCAGGCAGUGCCACAGCCGAACUUCCACGUCGGGCUUUGCUCUCAGCCAAUUCGGCGUCGUCUUUACAGUCGAGCCAGUCGCAUCAGGUGUCGGAUUCGCCGCGACCUUCCUAUAUGCAAUCGCCCAAGACUCCUCCUGCCAGCGCCUUCCGCAAAUUGGAUCAGGAUGCCUACAAUUCCCUACCUCGUCAGACCAGCACAAACAGCCAUCAUAACAAUAACAACAACAGUCUGUCGUCGGCAGGCAACAACCCGCCAGUAACGGCCAACAAACGUGCCGUGGUGUUUGGUAAACAUUUUCAGCUCCCCUCGCUCCGCGUCAACAGCAAACGCAGCACUUCGGCCCCAAAUCUAGCUGAAACGGAGCAAAAACGUCUUCAAGAUGAGGCGGCCAGUUCGGCAGAACGGGAUGAUGUGAUGGCCGAGUCAUCGUUCAACAGUCCCACAUCACCGCAUUCACCAUCGCUCAACAGCUUCUCAAAGCAGCCGCGUGGAAGUCUUAAGAAAAUUUUCGAUAAAUUAAAACGGGCUAAUUCCGGCGCUCUUGAAGGUGAUCCGUCGACACCUCUUUCAACCGAAGAUUUCCGUCGUGGGGGUACGCUUCGGGCAACAGCGGGGCCACGUUUAGGCUGGAAAAAUGGAUCUCCAGGUCCAGCUGAAACCAUCAAACCUAUCCAGGAAUCUGAGCUUCCCUUCCUGCAGUGGUCCAGCGACGACAUUGCUUCUUGGCUUCACGACAUGGGCUUACACUUGUACGUGAGCGAAGUACAGCGCUGGGGUUGUCGUGGCCAACAAUUGCUAGAAGUUCCAGUGGCCGAGAUCGAAAAGGAGUUGUCCAUCAAACAUCCACUGCACAAGAAAAAGCUCAUCCUUGCCCUAGAAGCUAAAGACCGCGCUCAGGAUCCUAUGUCACUUGUACCAAUCCUCCCGGAUUUGCUGAAGCACGCCGGAAAAUUGGACCAUCAGUGGGCCGUUCGUUGGCUAGAUGAUAUCGGCUUGCCACAGUACAAAGAUGCGUUCCUCGAGUGUCGAGUGGAUGGCCGAAUGCUUCAUUUGCUGUCGGUCGACGACCUUUGCACCCACCUAAAAGUGACGAACCUGCUUCACCUCAUCUGCAUCCGGCGUGGAAUCCAAGUCUUGCGCUUGAACGAUUACAACCCGAGUUGUUUGCAACGGCGUUCGGUUCCCGAAGAUCCGGCUCAUCCGACGCCCGGUCAAGUUGCUGUUUGGACGAAUCACCGCGUCAUGGAAUGGCUCAGAGCUGUCGAUUUGUCCGAGUACGCUCCAAACAUGAGGGGAUCCGGUGUCCAUGGUGGUUUGUUGGUGCACGAGGCUCGCUUUAAUGCCGAGCUGCUGGCCACGUUAUUAUCAAUUCCUCAGGGUAAGACGCUGCUACGUCGGCAUUUGGCCACGCAUUUUAAUCAAUUGGUCGGUCGGGAAGUGGUGCAAGCAAAACGUGAAAUGGAAACUUCAUCGGCCUAUCCUCCUCUGACUCCUGUUGCCAAAGUCAAAAUCAUAAAGAAAUCACAGUUCACGUUAAAACGCCGCAAGGGAAAACCGGACGAAUUUGAUUCUGAUGAUUGGGUUUGCCCACCUUUCGAUUCGUCCGAUCUAGAUAAUGACAAAAUUUCUCCCCCAAAGUCUCCUAUGACCAAAUCGACCGACUUGUGAAGGGCAGUCGAUUGCAUUUAUCGUCUUGACAAUACAAAAUUGCAGCAGAAGCUACAGCCGUAGCGAAAAAUUUAAGCAGCUUUACUAUAAUCGAUUAAGAUUUUCAUCCAGAUCCUUUUGCAUUAGCUAAAGAAGGAUGUGGCGUAUGCGGUCGCCUUCGAGGCGAUGUCACUUUUUGGCUUGAAAAAGUAAAGCUGCGUUUCGUCCCAAUUGUUCUUUAAUAUGGUCUCUCAAUCUACGCAAUCAAUCAAAUACAAAGAAUACAUUUUAAACAAACCUUUCA